CCAAUGUCUCUCUGUCCCUGUCACCUCCUGCCGCUCACCCCUCCAACCACCAGGCGGCGCCCUGUACCCGUCAUGCCUGACGUCAUCGCAGCGCGCCAGCAGCGGCCCAAGAUGGCGGCGCCCAGCGGUGACGGCAGCGAUGGCGGCGCGGCCCGGUACUGCCUGGUGAGCGGCAUCCCGGCCGCGCUCCGCUCCGCGCACCUCCGCUCCUACUUCAGCCAGUUCCUGGAGGCCGGCGGCUUCCUCUGCUUCCACUACCGGCACCGGCCCGAGCGGCCGGCGGCGGGCGGCGGCGGCGGGGCCUCGGCGGCGCGCAGCUGCUGCUGCCUAGUGUCCGUGCGGCCCGGCCGCGCCCGCCGCUUCGUCCGCAUGUACUCGGGCAAGCGCUGGCUCGGGCCCGGCGGCAGCGCGCUGCCCGGCCGCUGCCUCAUCCGCAGGGUGCGCCCGAGCGCCGGCACAGGCCCCCCGGCGGCUCCCAGCAGCCAGGAGCAGCACGGGGGGUGUGUCACGGAGGCGGAGCUGCGGCGCCUGCCCGAGCUGAACCCCCCCUCCUUCCUGCCCUUCGGGAACGUGGGCACGCCCCUGAGCGUGUUCCUGCAGCUGAUCCGCGCCUGCAGGCUGCCCCCCCCUGUCAUCAGGAAGCUGCAGCUGGAUUUCCCCAGGACUGGCUCAUCCCGCCGGUAUGGGAACGUGCCCUUCCAGUACCACAACACUGAGACAGUGGCUGAGGAGGAAAGAGUUUACACAGCUGCAGGGGAUGAGAUCAUGGAGGGAGAGGAGCCCGUGACUCAGCCAGCCCGGUCCGGGGAGGAUGAGGAGGAUCAGCAGCAGGAGGAAGAGGAGUCACACUCUGAUGAUGACAAUGACACCUGUGAGGAGUGGGAGAGGCACGAGGCCCUGCACGAGGACGUGGCGCAGCAGCAGCGGCAGCGGGAGCGGCUCUUCGAGGAGGAGAUCGAGCUCAAGUGGGAGAAGGGCGGCUCUGGCCUCGUGUUCUACACAGAUGCCCAGUUCUGGCAGGAGCAGGAUGGAGACUUUGACGAGCAGACAGCCGACGACUGGGACGUGGACAUGAGCAUCUACUAUGAUAAAGAUGGAGGGGAUAAGGAUGCUCGGGACUCGGUGCAGAUGAGGCUGGAGCAGCGGCUGCGGGAUGGGCUGCAGGAAGAGGGGUCUGUGCCAGGGCAGCACAUUGGCACCUUCGAGAGGCACACCAAGGGCUUUGGCAGGAAGGUCCUGGAGCAGCAGGGCUGGACAGAGGGGCUGGGCCUGGGGAGCAGCAACUCUGGGAUGGCCGAAGCUCUGGACAACGAGGGCCAGAACCCCCGGUGCAAGAGGGGGCUGGGCUACCACGGGGAGAAGCUGCCAACUUUCAUCCGGAGGAAGAAGCCCCGUGGGGACACUUCUGUUGUCAUCUCCACCAUCUAUGAUGACCCUGAGCCCCAGGACAUGGGUGACCAGCUGCUCAGGCGCCAGCCCCCCACGGCCAUGAAGUACAGGCAGGACAUGGCCUUUGUCCGAGCAUCCCAGCCCGCCCUGGGCAGCCUCAGAGCCCAGCCACACUGAGCAGGGACUGUCACAGCCUCUGUCCUGCCCCCAGCCCAGGCUGGCUCCUGGUCUGAGUGUGAAGCAGGGUGUUCAUAUAUUUAUUUUUAGUAAAAAUACUGGUUUGUAAUAAAAAUUAUCACGCUGGGGUUUUUUCCCCUCUAAUUGUA